GUGAUUGAUUACCGACUCUAAGCCUUAGUCAAACAAUACCUUCAUCUUAAAGACAUUUUUACUCGACCACGCUCACUCAUUAUUCAUAUAAACAGAAUCAUGACGGCGUUAUCACAAGCUAAAUCAUCCCAGCUCCUCGUAACGGGCGCUUUAAUGGUCAUAUUUGGAAGUGGUAUAUUCGCUCUUCUGUACGUUAUCCACGAAGAUAAGUACGAUGAUGACGAAAAUAGUGGAAUAUUCGAUCGAUAUUCUGCCUUCUGGACUGCGACUCCAGUGGUUUUGGUGGGUUUAAUUGGUGUCCUUGCAGGAAUUACUAAGAAAAAUAUAUGGGUUUCUCUCUACAUGAUUGGUUCUGCAGUAGCCACAGUCCUUUCAGCGUUGGUAGCUAUAAUCAUCGGUGUACGGGUCAGCGGCAUUCGUGUUGCCUGUGGGGAAGAUACUGAAUGCAAGAACUCCGACAAAGCUGUUAUCAUGGGAACAAUAGUCCUUCUCGCUUCAAUCUUGGUUACCAUAGCAAUGUGGGCUGGUGUCAAGGCAUGUCAAUCAAAAUGGGGUCCAGGCAAGCAUAUUCCAAGUCUACAUGUUGUCGGUGAAUUUAGAACAGCAAAUGGACCCACCUCUCCCCCCACAGUAGUAGAAGUUCACUCUAAAUCCCAUCCCCACUCUCCAGAAAUAGCUGUUGCCAUAGCCACCACAUCUCAACAAGAAUCCAAACCUUCGCCUCACGAGUCAGUAGAAAGAGACGAGUCGCACGAGUAUGACGACGUCAUGCCAAAGCCGACCAAUGGGGUUAAUGACAGUCAUCAGGAUGAAAAUACGAACCCUAGGGGGGAUGGGACAGAAGGUAGUGAUACUGGCUAUGAAACAGUAAGUCAAGAUACGAACCCCAGGGGGGAGGGGGUAAGGAUUGAGGAUGAUAAUGACGACGCUGGUUAUGAAGCAGUGAAUCCUGUAAAAGACCACAAAUAUGAAAAUGUCCGUCUGGCGAACAACACCAUCGGGGAUGUACCGGAUAAAAUAUCUAUAGAGAUGCCAACAGAAGAUGAAUCCCCGAAGGUCGUAGAGGUUCAUCGAGACCCCAUUCAAGAUGGUUGUCAUAGCAACACACACGAUAAUAAGGGAUUUGAAGUUGAUGAGUUGACAACAGCGUUGUAAAAUAGCGGGAUGUAGCAGCGUUCAUAGAACUGUGAAACACGUGCCGUGCACUACCGAUGAUUAUUUCCUCCCGUGUAUACCGUAACCAUGCCGAGUUUCAUAGUCAGUACUACCAUAUAUAAGUUAAAUGUCUUGUAGUGAUGUCUUUACUAUGACCGUGAUGCGGCCAUUACCAAGGCGUGACCGUCAUAGACACCGUUAAUGUACCGUGAAUAAUAUUUUGUCGUGACCGUUAUCGACACCGUGACUUUAACUGUAGCGUGACUUUCAUAGAGACCGUUACCGUGAAUGUAGCUUUCUCGUGACCGUUGUCUGCACCGUGACCAUUACUGUAGUGUGACUGUCUUAGAGACCGUUACCUUACUAUUAUCGUUACCUGACUGUGCAGUUAUUGUGACCGUGCCGUGACGGGAGUUUUUCACAGUUAUAUGAUAUUUGCUCAUAAUAUAAUUUUAAAUGACGCGCAAUUUGAUUGGCUUGAAAAGAAUUAGUUUAAAGUGUUUUUAAAAUGAUUUAAAUCGAAAUGUAAAAAUCGAGAAUUCACAACAAAAAGAGAAAAAAUAGUUAAAAACCCUUUUGACAAGGUGCGCAUGCGCCACAUACACAAUAGAAACAUUCAAUAAAGGAAUAAGAAGUCACGUGAUCAUUGUCAGAGUAGACCGAGGAUAACUUUUCAAAAUUAUAGCUUGUUUACAUUG